AAAGAAAAGUCGGUCGACUGGGCCGGAAUAGAAGGCGUGCAGAGCUGCGGCCCUGCUGCGCGACCCCAGCCUAGGUCGAGUACCGGCGACCCCACGUGUCUCGUCGCCGUCGAGGGCCGGGGCAAGUGCUCGCCCAGCAAGAGCAGGGACUGUCCCGGAGAGCACCCCUCGCGCUCCCCACCCCCAGCGACCCAGCUUCCUCUCGAUCCCCCGUUCCUCCGCAGCUGUCCACCUAUCCGCGCUGUUUACAGGGUUCUUCCGCGGGGCCUUCCGCGCGAGAAAGCUUACCAUCCGCUGCUGGUCAGCGAUGUCGAUGCAGAUGGAUGUUGACGGGCAACCGAGUGAAGCGCAAGAAGCGGUGCUGGAAAGUUAUACAUCCGAGAACGAAAUAUGUGGCAUUUGUAGAGAUAUUGUCAUCGAUAGAGGAGUUUUGGAUGGUUGCCAACACUGGUUUUGCUAUACAUGCAUAGACAACUGGUCUGCCAUCACGAAUCGAUGCCCCCUCUGCAAAAUUGAGUUUCAGCAUAUAACAUCCACUCCUGUAUAUGAUAGUACUGGUACUGGAGAUAGUAUUGAAGUUGAAGACGAUUACCCUUUAACAAGUGGUGAUGAUGAUUGGUAUGAGCCAGGCGAAAGCAACCCACUUUCUUUCCCUUCGUACUAUAUAGAUGCAGAAGCUGUAGUCUGUUUGGAUGGUGGUGAUUGCAUAAUUCGGAGUGGACUCGUGGCAUCUGAGGAUUAUUCAGCUUUAGAUACAUCAAUUGCUUGUGAUUCCUGUGAUCUAUGGUAUCAUGCCAUAUGUGUGGGCUUUAAUCCUGAAAUUACAUCCGAAGAUUCGUGGUUGUGCCCAAGAUGUGUAUCUACUGAGGUGGAAAACAAGUCAGAUGUUGCCCUGAAGCAAAAUAUCAGUGGGGAUUCUGAUAGAACAUCUACCGAUGCAUCAUUUUCUGGGAGGGUGUCAGUAUCUGUUGCAGAUGAUGGUGAAACUGCCCUUGUUGUCUCAAUGGUUGCUGUAAAUUCUGAAAGUAAGGAUGAUCUAUUAGAAGGUUCACUAGGCUCGAAGACAGCCCAAGAAGCAUUUUAUUGCAAUUCACUUCCAAGUUAUUCCAAAGAUGAUUUAUCAAGUGAAGCUGUUGCAAAUGCCUGUAUCCCGAGGAACAAAGAUAGUUCUUGUAAACCACACAAUAAAUCUUCUGAAAUUAAUCUUGCCUGCUUGGUUUCGUCUGAACCAACACAAAGAUCGUCAGAUCAUUCGCCAAUACGUGAGUCAGCAUGUAUCCCGUUUAGCUCAGAGCAUGGUAACAUUUCAAAUGAACAAUCAGAUGGACUACAACAUGGGCCAUCUUAUUCAUCAUUAUGUAGAAGUAUGGAGGCUGAAACUACUGGGGAGGAGGCUGCGUUGCCUAGAAACAGCAAUGAAAAAUCUCCUGUCAUCAAAUCUGCCCAACUUUCUUCAGCAGCUAGCAUGUCUGCAACAUCGUCUGGCAUUGAUAUGAUCAACACAGAUGCAGUUCGUAAGAGGAAAGACGACAAGAACACGCAGUUACCACCCAUGCAGGAUCGACAUAAUAUCAGUGAUAUGGAAUUACAAAGUGAAAUUAGCCAUCCUGCGAAGAAAGCAAGACUGGAAGUGCAAGAUCAGGAAAUGCAUCUCAUUGCAAACUCGGGUGUUUCUUCAUCAGACUGCCACGCUACUUCGAUUGCAACCAAUUUUAUUGCCAGUGAUACAUCAAAAAUCGUCACACAGAACAAAUAUGUCCCUGAUAUAAUGAGCAUAGUUGAAGGAGAGAGCUACAUGAGGGAUCCUGGCAGGGAGCUGGCGAAGCCUGUAGGGAGAAGAGCAGGAGAUAAGCCUGGUCUUAGAAUGAAGAAGAUUUUACACAAGGACGGAAAAGAAUCAACUGCAGUAGUUCAGAAGCUACAACAAGAGAUAAGGGAAGUAGUAAGAGAUAAUGGUAUUAGUAUACUUGAGAAGGAUAACGCUUUUGACGAAAAACUUUUGACCGCAUUCCGUGCAGCAAUUGGGAAGUCCAUGGAUGGACCAGACAAAAGAACCAACCUUUCGCUUGCAAGGAAGUCGGUGCUUCAAAAGGGGAAGAUACGUGAGAAUCUGAUCAAGAAGUUGUAUGCAUCAUCCACAGGAAGGAGCCGAAGUGCAUGGCACCGCGACAGGGAAGUUGACUUCUGGAAACAUCGUUGCUCCCCAGGGAUAAAUCCUGAAAAAAUUGAGACACUGCAAUCAGUACUUCAGUUACUCAAGAAAUCCUCAGAUACUGGCACGCGCAAAGAAACUGCUGAAGAGAAGAAAGCCUUUUUGUCCAGGUUAUAUCUGGCUGAUGCAUCAGUUGUUCCCAGGAAGGGUGAUAUAAAACCUCUGUCUGCCCUUGAAGGGUGCCCCCCAUUCGAUAAAAAUAGCCAAAUCAAAGGUGACGACAGUAAAUCAACAAACAAACCUUCACCAGUGACUCAGACAAUCAAAAUCAAUUCGCCCAACAGCACCGGAAAAGUAUUGAGUUCUUCGACCCUGAGUAAAGAAGCAUCGAGUAGAAGAGAAAACAAAAAUGGCCAGGCAUCACAGAAUAAACCAAAUCAGUCUGCUGGUGAUAUCAAACUUGACAAAAGAAAAUGGGCCCUUGAGAUCCUGGCAAGGAAAAAUGCCAGCUCUAUUGCUAGCAAAGAUCAAACAGAAGGCACUGACGAUCUCAGCACGAACUACCCUUUAUUAGCAAAACUUCCCGUGGAUAUGAGGCCACAGCUCACAGCUGGCCGUCAUAAUAAAGUUCCUAUGUCAGUUAGACAGGCACAACUUUACCGCAUCUCCGAGCAUUAUCUGCAGAGAGCAAAUUUGGAUGUUAUUCGGAGAUGUGCAGAUACUGAAUUGGCUAUUGCCGAUGCUAUCAAUGUAGAAAAUGAUAUUUACGGGAAGUCCAGUAGCAAAUCAGUUUAUGUGAAUCUUUGCUCUCAGGCUACUCGCCAGUCUGCCAAGGCAAAACCUGAGAAUGAUGCCUCAGUUCUAACUGAAAAGGCUGAAGUUAGCAGCGAUUUGAUAUCACAACAUGUUACAACUGAAAGUACCUAUAGUGCUAGCAGUAAUGUGGAAGAAGAUUUGGACAGAGCAGGCCUUUUGGAUAUUCCUGCUACUGCCGGACAAACUGAUAAGAGUGAACUAGGGGGUGUGCCUGAGCAGAAUGCAAGUGAAAAUGCUGUUUGUUUCAACAGCGUGGAAGAAGCACUAAAAAGAGCAGGCCUCUUUGACUCCCCUCCUAACAGCCCCGAGAGAAAAAGUACCACAGCUGAAGGUAAUUCCAGGACAGUUUCUGGUUCUCCAAUUUCCCCGCGACAAAAAUAUAUAAACGCAGAGGAUACUUCCUUGGUGAAUUUGGACUCUGAACCGAGCAUAAGUUUGCAGUCAACUUCUGAUUCUAGGGUUAGGGAUGCACCCCACCUUAAAGAUGACGAUUCAUCAAAGCAGGUUCUGUAUGACACAAAUUGUCAGAACCUCGAUACAACGACGUCCUGUCAGCAACCAAAAUGUAAUUCUGAGGAGGGUCAGAAAUUGAUACACGGUGGAGAAACUACAAAUGCAACAUCAAAUGAAACCCUUCCAGUGAACUUGGCCGAAGCCGAUAAAUGUAAUUUGCAAUGUGAAAAAACAAGUCAAACAGAAAAGGAAACUGUAGCUGACAUGCCUGACGAAGGUACCGGGCAUGUGGAGAACUCAAAAGAAGUGGACAUAACAGUGAGCGAUUUGCAUAAUCAAUCUUCUCAUAGGAAUAAUGUGCCGAAAGAAGGUGAAGGAAUCAGCCAAGCAAUGAAACUGGAGCCCGGUAAAGAGAAAUCUUCCAGUGGCAAUGAAGAGUUGAAUCGUAAACAUUCCAAAGCAGACAAGUCAUCCACCCAUCCAGCAGAAAGUGUAGACAGUUUAAAGAAACCAGCACCUGAUCCAGGCAAUAACAGCGCAUCAGAUUCAUCUAGUUCCAUACAUAAGAAGGUUGAAAUGUUUGUGAAAGAGAACAUCAGGCCACUUUGCAAGAGUGGUGUAAUCACCGUUGAACAAUACAGGUGGGCUGUCGCCAAAACAGCUGAGAAGGUUAUGAAGCACCACUCGGAGGCCAAGAAUGCGAAUUUCCUGAUCAAGGAGGGUGACAAGGUGAAAAAGCUUGCUCUGCAGUAUGUUGAGGCAGCUCAGCAAAAGAUUAGUUGAAAUCUGGCUAUCACUGGAAUGUCGUUGCAGUUUGCCUCAAGCUGUCGUGGUUGUGUGAUUAUGCGGCAAAUUCGCAGACUCUACGUGGUCAGGUUGACUGACCAUUUCAGGCAGACUCUCAAAAGAGCUUUUUAUUUUUACAAGAACUUUGGUCACGUCAUGGAUCAGGUUUUUGCGAAGUAGAACAACUUAUCAUCAGGAGUUUUAUGUACAGUGGAGGUGUUUUUCUUA